AUGGACGACAGCGUACCGUCAGACACCGUGCGACAUCUUCUCUCUACUGCAUGCGAUGAUCCGCGAACCAGCAGCAGUCAAGCCUCAACGGCAUCUGCCGAGCUACUCGAGCUCUGCAUUCGUCAUGAUGACCCAAAAGCGCUACUCCUUGCCCUCACUACCGCCGUCUGCGAGAUAGCCGACAAUAUCGAGGAGGUCGCAGCGCAGCCGGUAUCUGAACUGUUGUUCGGGCUCGACGCUCUGCCAGUGAUCUUUGCACGACUAACGCUGCGUCGGACAGCCCUGCUCAGCUCGACUCUGGACAGUUUCUCGACUGCGUUUCUCAACCUCAAGCCGACAGCUUCAUCAGACGCCGAGGAUCGCCUGCUCCGAUGGCGCAAAGCCAUGUUAGCAUCGCUCGACUGCGCGCUCGCGGAUUUGCACACCCGUCAGUCUGCUCGCUUGCUCGUCGAGCUCCACACGCAAGAUCUCAUUGCGGUAUGCACAUCCAACUCGCUUCCGUCUGCUUUCGCCUCGACAAGCUUCGCGCAGGCAGCCUAUGAGGAGCUAUUUCCUGAAUUGCAGCCGCCAUCAGCACGUGGACUGUCAAGACGAAUCAGUCUAGGACCAAAGCUUGACGGCUUCGACAUAGAAAUCGUCAUGGCACAAUUACACAAAGCAGGCUAUGCAACCUGUUAUCAGCAGCAUCCUAGAGCUAUUACGCGCAUACUUGGCUAUGUCGCCGCUGUAUGUGACCAGCAACCGCCAAGCGCAGGUUUACAAGACGCUGUCAUCAAGCUAUCGAUGAACAUAGUCCGAUCAGGGUGUGAUGCAAGUGAGCUCGACCCUGCAAUUGCUAUACUCGUCAGAUGGGUCAAAGGCUCAGUGUUCGCCCCAGAAAAUAAUAAUUUUGAGCUCUUGCUUCAGAUCCUGCAAGCUGCAGCCGCGCAAUGCCAAGAGAUCGUGCUACGCAAUAUUGCCUUCCGUUUGCUCGGCUUCCUCAUCAAUACAGUCUGUCAGGAGCGAGAAGAUCGUCAGAUGCAAUGCUAUGUCGAGCUGCUCGAACACGACGCGCCCAUCGCCUUUCAAGCCAACGCGCUUCAGCCGUUUCGAGAAUUGCUCAAUAGCUGUUUCCAGCGGUCGGAGGCCUCACUUUUCCUGACGACAGCAUUUGCGACGGUAUUUGCACCGAUUCUAUGCAGUCUAGGCGACGAGUUGCUUGCGAUGAGCGACGAACAAACCGCUGCAGAGCUUGUGCCUCUCGUUCUCGAUAGGGCGCAAUUUCUCUACUUUUUGUUCUCUCGAGAUCACGACAAUCAGACCGGCAUGCGCUCAUCGCCCGCAAAAGAGGCCCUCGAGCGACGCUUUCUCGUGCAAGCACGCGCGGUCACGGACAAGCUAGUCAAAGCGGGGCUUCAGGAUAUGACGCUCGCCCUGGCUCAGGAUGCGCUCGCACGUCUCACUCAGGUCCUCGCUUCAGCUGGCGACGUCGUCAGCAUGGUGCGCAUCCAGAUCCGCAAUCUAUCGUCUAUGACGAUUCAAGAUGACCUCGAAGAACUGUUCGGCAAGUUCGGACCACUCGACAACAUCCGCAUGAAGCAGGGCUUUGCUUUUCUCGAACUGCCCACGCAAGAGAGUGCAGAGGCAGCCAUCGCAGAGGUCAACAGUCGUAGUCUCUUGGACGAAGAGGAAGCUGUUUCGCUCAUCGUUACCUUGGCGAAAGAAGCUCCAGAGGCAGUCGACGAGGACUUUGGCACUCGCGCCGAGUAUACUCGCAGCAGUACAGGCUAUCGCGUCGAGAUCUCUGGCAUAUCCUCUUCGAUCACCUAUGAAGAUCUAAAAAGACUCGGCCGUCGUGCCGGACAUCCUAUGCGUGCUGACUUCGAGCGCAAGACUGGCAUUGGCUUCAUCGACUUCGGUGAACACGAGCAGGCAAAGCGUGCGGUAAAGAUGCUGAAUCGAAACAUCGUGUACGGCCACAUGAUCCGUGUAUACCAUGAGGGCUUGCCUUAUGUAGGCACACAACUCGAUCUCAGACUUCGACUCGGUGUUCAGCCGUCUCACUACUUGCAUUACCCGCGUGACGAGUCAAAGCACAAGCCCAAGAAUCCGCUUGUUAAGCAAAACGAUUACAGGCGCGAGCCGAGAGGCGACUAUGCGGACGACAUGGCGCGAGAUCUGCGAGGCUCCUGUAGAGACGAUGAUCGCCGAAAUAGCUUCGGUGGUGAUCACCGGAACAGAUACAUCCGAGAUCGCUUACGCUCCCCUGAUCGCCCUGUGUCGCCUCGCCGCUCAUCGUCACUCGCCGACAAUCACCAGCGUCCCUCUCGUUCAGGCGUUUACAGAGGCGAAAGCCGCCGCUACUUACCAACAUGGGGCGCCGAGCGAGCCCACAAGGGACCGAUGUCGUCGAUAAAGAUUGCAAGCCUUUAUUGUGGCGAGAAGAUCGCAACGGCAUGCGCCCGUCUGAAGACGACUAUCACUCCUUCAAUCGCGGCUAUGCGGCGUCAGGUCGAGAUGCCGAGCGCCGAUAUGACCGCUCGUAGGAAUGUACAAAUGGUCAUCAUGCGCCUUGUUGUCACCAUUGCGCAUCGUUCGCAUUGUGUCUGA